AAAAAUCCCAUCAUGCAGUUCCAAACCAUCCUGUGACCGGCCUGCGGCCUGUGAAAGAAGGAACUCGCUGUUUGGACUGAAUUUUUAACUUAAAACAAGUUCGUGACUGCUUGAUGACAAUGGAGAUUACGAAAGGAGGACGGGGUUACCUUAUGUUGUUGGUUUUAAUGAACCUAUCAGUGGUUGUACGUGUUUUAUCGCAAGAAGACGUGUCGGCAGGGGGAGGGGUAGUGUCGUCAUCAGCAGGCUGGGAAGAGGAAAAUGGAACCGGCGCAGCGCCGACAACUUUUAAAGUCGAGGGGAAGGCGAUGGUGCCCGGGCUCAAGCCGCUAGAGUGGAUAGGGGACGCCAAGAUCAUUGUAGACCACGGGGCUUAUCUUGGGUUCUUCAGGAUGGAUGGCAGUUUUGCCCUGUACGUGCCGUCAGGGUCCUUUGUGGUGGAAGUAGUCAGCCCAACCUGGUCUUUUGAACCGGCAAGAGUGGACGUCACUGCCAAGGGCAAGAUCAGGGCCAGGAGAGUCAACCUUCUCCAGAUUCAGAAGAACGACCCCCUGCCUUACCCCCUGCGCUUCAAGUCCAAGGGCAGGAUCAACUACUUUGAGAGAAGAGAGCAGUGGAGGAUAACAGACUUCCUCUUCAACCAUAUGGUGAUCAUGAUGGUCCUCCCACUGGUCCUCCUCCUCAUCCUGCCCAAGAUGAUUAACACCAAUGACCCUGAGAUGCAGAGGGAGAUGCAGCAGUCCAUGAACAUGUUGUCCCCCAACAAGGACCUACCAGACAUGUCAGAGUUCUUCACCAAGAUGUUUGGUGGGGGAGAAACCAAGAAAACCACAACAAGCAGAAAGGUCAAGAGAAGACAAUGAGGAAGCCAGAGCUAACCUGUAUCACUCUAAAAAAAAGGUGUCAGAGAAAUGGCAUUAUGAUUAAAAUUGGAGUGCCAAGGUUAAGUGACUGAGUGAAGUUGCAUGGGUUGGAAAGACAGAUUAAUUCAAGAUCAGGCUGGUAAAUUUUACUUUAUUGGUAGCUACUAAAUCUAAGGGUAGGAAAGACUUGGAUGGCAAACUCAGCUCAUGAUCUUUUGCUGCUACAUUCUCAUGAAAAUGUUUUCAUGCGUAAACUGUUGGUGUUUUGUAAAAAUGUGAAAAGUAAAUUUUACAUUGAUGAUAAGUAGAAAUGGUAGCUUGCAUUAACUUUGUUGUAAACAAUUUUCGAUAUUUGAAUAUUAAAUGUGACAGACGCCCCUGAAUGUACCUGCUGUUACAAUAUACUAUGUAGAAUUACUGACGGUAUUUACUGUACUGUAUUUUGAAGAGCAAAUCCAUAAGAAUCUAGAACAAAGUGUCAAUCACAAUUUUUGCAUGUGAGACAGACAUAGUAAUUGUAUGUAAGAAUUAAUGUUAUUUAUUCUGCAUGUUAACAUUCUAUUCUGUGGUGUUUCAAAUAAAAGUCAGUUUGUGUUGGUUACUGGUGUACCCUUUUAGAUGACAAAGAAACCGGUUUUGGAUAUUUUGUGGCUUGUAGAAUUUCCAGGAACUGUUGUGUACCUAGGGCUGUUCUAGAUGGUGGCCAUAAAAAAAUAAGUAUUUUUCUUGUCUGUAGAUUCUUCUUGUUUCAGUUGUAUAUCAAUGUACAGGUUAGCAUGGCUGUGUCAGGUCCUGACCUUUACACUGUGCAGGCUACUGCACAUUGUGAAUUAUGUUCAGUGGUAUUAUGCCUGCAAACUCAUCACACUGAAUACACAUGUUCAAUCUUGCAUUUCUACCUCUACCUUUAAAAA